CUGGGAUCAUGGCGGUGACCCUCGGGAUGCGAUGCAUCUGCUUCAAGCACGGUGCCCUCCUUGUCAUGGCUGUUCUUGUGCAGCUCUUUCAAAGUGCACAGGCUCGUGUCUUAGACUAUCCUAAAGCGCCUAAUGAGACAUACACGGUCUGCACGGUCUACAAUAUUCCCUACUCCACCUGUGACCUAGGCUCCACAGACAGCUCAACCUAUGGAGGUUAUGCAGUCAAGGUAUUCGAGGAGGCUGCAUCAAAAGCAGGUUGGUCGAAGGACGACUAUACAUGGGAAUGCCUGGACUAUGACCCACUGCAAAGCGACAUCCUCAACUCCUCGAUCUAUGCCUUGUGUGAUGUAACAGCAGCAGAUAUGCAGAUCCGGCCCGACUUCCUGGCCGAAGGCGUUCAGUUUGCAUAUCCAGACUUCCACAACAACCUGGCGGUGAUGGUCUAUGCCAAACUACAGCAGCCCGAUGGCUGGAUCUUCACUAAGCCGUUUGCAUGGCAAGUCUGGGGAAUGCUCAUUGUGGCUGCCCUUGCAGUAAGUCUCGGGGUCCACUUGGUCGAGGUACUUUCGAAGCAGCACACAAGUCGGGAAGUCAGAGCAGGAGUGUCUUUUACGGGGGAACAUGGUCUAUUCGAGUCCAUGUGGAUGGCACUGGGCCAGAUUGUUCAAGCUGCUUCCUUGACGGGGAUCUCCCUGGCCUCCCGCCUCAUCAUCCUUGUGUGGUGCUUCAUGAUUCUACUUCUUCUGACCAUGUAUACCGGAAACGCAGCGGCCCUGUUGACCAUUCAACAAUUCAAAACCACCAUCAACACAAGAUACGACUUACGCGGUAAAAGUUUUGGCGCCUGGGAAGGGGACGCUGGGACACUGACCAACUUUGGGCUUCUCCCCACACUCUAUCCUUGGAACAACGACGAGGAUUUCGAGAUUAUGUUAGGCGAUCUCCAGAGCGGGAAAAUCGUUGCGCUCGUCCUUGACAUCGCUGUGGUGCAGUACUUAUCCUCGACGGACUGCAACUAUCAUCUUCAAGACCAGUUUGCUUCCAUGAACUAUGCAACGGCGUUCUGGCCCGGAGCGCAUCCUGCACUGGUGGCCAAUUUGAGCGCCGCAAUUCUGGACAUGGAGGUUUCCGGGGAGUUGGACAGGCUGCAAACAGUGCACUUCACGCAAGGCGCGACCUGCUCCGUGUAUUCCGCAACCACAAAAUCAGUGACGUUCUCUCAGGUGUUUGGGCUUUGGGUCGUGCUGGCCGUAGCCAUUGUAUUUGCCAUUGCAAUAUCCCUUAUCAAUGGACAGAUAGCAAAGCGAAAGUACGUGAAUAAGCUGACGAGCAAGGUAAUGGAACAAUGGAAUGCUAAGAGUUUGAGGGGCAUCAAGAGAGCCGAAGAAAGUGCUGAAGGUACUGACGUCGAAUCCGGGGAUGCCUCCGGCAAGGAGAUAGCAACGAUGAAAGCUUCGGCCAAUGAUGGACAACAUGUUGCUGCUGCCGCAAAGUUCAAGUUCAAGAGCGCAAUACAGAAAGCAGUCCGAGGUGAAGCAAGUCAAGUUUGAAAAUGUCGUUGGAGUAGUAAAUCACGCACUGGAAGUCUACUCUCUACACGGUUGCAGAUCAUUAUAGAAUCUUGAAGUAGUAACAUUCAUAGGUUUACAAGUAUAGGUCGUCUUGCCUCGUGAGAGGUCAUGUCAAGCAGCGGCUUGCACGAUAGGAGAAGUUGCACACGAGAGCAAUGCAUAGCUAUGUAGCCCAGGGUAAUGCCACUCGUUUGUAAGCAUGCGCAAGCCGCCAGGGUCACUAGGGCAAGGUGCAUUUCGGCUACUUUGAA